CCUCAUAUUAGCGUUCAGAGUCAGUUUUUGCCCAGGCCCAAAAAUACUGUCUCUGUGGGUAGCUCGCUGGGUUUUGAGUCAGCCUGUGUGUGAGAGAGACUCUUGGGAGGAUGGUUAGGUAAUAUCCGCAGGAUUAAGCAGGGGUAAAGUUGUUUCCUGAACUCUUGGUGCGGUUUAAAGGAUUGUUCAAGCCCGGCCCUGCUGCAAAUUAGACCGGAAAAGGAAGACGGAUGCGGGCGAAGGGAGAAACGCCGAAAGGAAAAUAUCAAGAUAAAUGACAUUCGACCAUGGAAGUGUCGGAGACGCCAGCAUCGCGUAACGAUGAAGAAGUUUAUGGAAAUCUGCAGACCCAGCUAAUCCAGUGCCGAGCCCAGCUGGAACACUGGCAGGGUGUGGCAAGGAUCUGUGAAGUUGGCAAACAGGAGGAGCUGCAGGCUCUGCAAAAUCAAUGUGACCAGGAGAUUCUGUCACUGCAAGAGGCUCUGAGAGAAACUGCUGCUCAGUAUGAAGCCAGAAUAUCAGCCCUUCAGUCAGAGCAAGCGCAGUGGAGGAGAGCCGCUCUGCACCAUGAUAGCAAGGGCAAUGUUAAAAAGGGCAAGGUGGAGGGUACCUCUCCCCCUACUUAUGGACCACAGGGCAACUAUUCUCCCCCACGGGGGGCUGAAUCUGAGGGCUCAGGGUCAGACUCUGAUCAACUGGAAUUGUUGGCAGAGGUGUCGGAUGCAGAGACCACAAGCCUUAUGAUGGACUACUUCCCCCAGCACUGUGACUCUGCCUCCCUCUCAUCCUUUUCUAUGGACACGCCCUCUUUUCCCAGACAUCCGCCCCCUCAGGAUGACACCGCCUCCCUGAUUUCUACAGGAACACUGGUGCCUGAAGCAAUCUACCUGCCACCACCUGGGCACAGACUUGUCACUCAUUCCGACUGGGACAAUCUGCAAGCACAGCUUGUAGAGCUUCAGGAGGAGGUGACAGACCUUAGAAAGCAGAAAGCUGAGCUGGAGAAAGAAUUGGAUGUGCAAAGCACAGAAACCCAAAAGCAGUUGUCAGUGCUUCAGUCUCAGGUGCAAACAUCUGAGGCCGUUCUUCAAGACCUACAGAAAUCUUUUAGCCAAUCCCAAAGUGCUGUUCAGUGCAGAUUGGCAGAACUGUCUUACUCUCAAAAGAGGGUUUGCAAUGAACUCUCUAAGUUGAAAGGCGAAGACACUGAGGUAGAUGAAGGAACAGAAGAUACCCUUCCACCUCUCAAUCCAACAUUACAGGCAGCUCACUGUGAGGAGAGACUUCGUAUUGAAAUAGUGAACUUACAGGAGCAGCUGGAAACGCGCACAGAAGAGAGCGAGAUUUUAGAAGUCAAGCUUGCCAGCCUGAAAGUGGAGAUGGACCGCAUGCAGAACCAUAAAGAAAAGUUGGAGGCUAGGCUGCAUGAGUGUCGUACAGAGCUGCAGGGCCUUCGGGUGGCACUCGCUCACCUUCAGAAAGAGAACAAAACACUCAUUCAGGAGAAGAUGGUGUUACAGCAGCAGAGCUUAGAGUUGCGCAGUCAAGUGAUCAGUCUGCGCUCUCAACUAGACACUAGUCAGACUGUACAGAAGGAUUUUGUGCAGCUCUCACAGGCAUUGCAGGUGAAAUUGGAGCAGAUUCGCCAAGCAGAAACAUUGAACCAAGUCAAGCAAAUUCUAGGGGAGGAGAUUGAAGAAUACUCUGAUUCACCUGCAGAUGCAACAUGAAACAAUAGAAGAACAGGUGACAUUUUGCAGACCAAAGUGAAGAGACUCUCUGAUGGGGUGGACUGCCCACAUUAAAAACAUAAACAAAAAAAAAACUACAUUGAACAAUACAGGCAGUUCUGCUUUAAUGGGUCAAAAAUGGUUCUAAUGAACUCAAACCAUUUAGGCUAAAGUUGAUUCCUUUUGAAUCUGGACCAAGCUUGCUAAUACUUGAAUUUUGUGAAAUGCUAAUACACUGACUACCGUCUAUACUAGACUUAAUGCUACUGCAGUGUAAUUUUUAUCUCCCUGGUAUACUGUUGGCCAAAUCCUUGUUUCCUAAUGUACAUUGACAUAUAUAUUACUCAUUGCAACUGUCACCAGCCAAUUGGAAAGCUAUACUGUAAAGUCAUACUAUAAUGAUUUGUGCAUUGAAAUAAUGGGCAAAAUGAAAGGGCCAUGAUUUUAUUAUGAAGUAAUUAUUACGUUAAUGAGAUUAUAAAGCACUAAAUGUGUUUUAAUAGGACUAAUACAUGUUUUAAAUUCAUGUAAAUGUAUCAUAAUGAUGUUAAC